AUGAAGGACAGUUCUUUGUCUAACCGAGAUACCAACAAGCUAGAGGCCAUUGCUCAGGAGAUAUAUGUAGACCUAAUAGAGGAUUCUUGUUUGGGCCUCUGCUUUGAGGUACACCGGGCAGUCAAGUGUGACUACUUCUACCCAGAGUUCGAAGAAACUGGCAGCAUGAAGGAUUUUGGCACUCAGCCAGUAGAAGAUAAAGGAGCGUGCUGCCUCCAGCUUUGCUCCCUUCCUGGAGAAUCUGGGAACGGGCCGGAUCAGCAGCUGCAACGCUCACCCAGAGAAUUCUAGUAGCUGCGCCAUGAGAGAGUCAGAGGGUGACCAGGACAAUAACAUAGACCGGUCCUGUGGCUUGGAGAAGUUAGGUAUCUAAGUAGAAAAA